UCGGACAUGAGAGGUCCUCAACCUUCCCUCAAUGCGCCCUCGUAGGACGUCAAAUAAAAACAUAGAAAAUUGAAUAGCACAGCGGACAAUACCGCAAUUAUGAAAAGCUCAAAUGGCCUGAUGUCAAUGCUAACCUGAAACGUUGUGACGUGUCAUAAAGAAGUGCCGGGAUAAGGGUGAUUUUCAGUUUGAUUUGUUUGGAGGGAAAAUGACGAGACAGCUGUAUGCUCAGACGGUAUCCGUUCCCAAUGGACAUUACUUCCUCGUCGCUGGAAAACCAGAAUACCUUGGACAAGUCCUGGCAUCGCUAGCCGUUUCACUGGGACCACUCGCUGCUGGCCUUGGUAAAGGAUACAGCUCACCAGCCAUAGCAUCCCUUCAAGAAAGAGACGCCGAUGCUUUCCUCGUCAACGGCCAGCAAGCAUCCUGGCUAGCAAGUCUUUCUCUCCUAGGCGCUCUCUUUGGCGCUCCUUUAGGAGGAGCAGCAGUAAGAUGGGGAAGAAGAAGAACCCUGAUCUUCGCCGGAGCACCUUUAUCGCUCUGUUGGAUUAUAACAGUAUUUUCUGUAAGCGUGGAGGUGAUGUGUUUCGCCGCCUUCGUCAGCGGUUUCCUCGUAGCCAUCGUCCAACUAUCUGCACAGGUAUACGUAAGUGAAAUAGCGACCCCUAGCAUUAGAGGGGGUUUGAGUGCCCUCCUGAAGAUAGCUGGGCACAUUGGCGUCCUCGUAGCUUUUGCUGCAGGUGCCUUCUUGGAUUGGCGACAACUCGCUGGUCUCAUCUCGUUGGCACCUGCAGCUAUGUGUGUUGCCAUGUGGAAAAUACCUGAAAGUCCAGGUUGGUUGGUGCUUCGUGGGAGGCUAAGUGAAGCUGAGGAAGCUUUAAGAUGGUUAAGAGGAGAAAACGCUGAUUUAAGGUUUGAAUUAUCUGUUUUACAAGCUCACGUAUUGAACAAGAAAGUACCCGUAAGUCCAAGUUCACUUUUACACAGUCUGAAAACUCCUGUUUUCAUCGCCUGUGGUCUCAUGUUCUUCCAAAGGUUCUCUGGAGCCAAUGCGUUCAAUUUUUACGUGGUGAGUGUUUUCAAGGAGACAUUCGGGGGUACGAACCCUCACUCUGCGGCAGUUGCUGUAGCCGUUGUACAAUUACUUUCAUCUCUUCUAUCAGGCCUUCUGGUAGAUAUAGCUGGAAGACUUCCCCUUUUGGUAGCAUCCAGCGUGUUGAUGUCUUUUGCUUUAGCUUCAUUUGGUUCUUUCGCGUAUUAUGAGGAUGUUUAUCCAAAAACCGUACCGAAUUUAGACUGGAUACCUCUACUAUGUGUGUUGAUAUUCACAGUAGCCUUCACUUUGGGUAUCAGUCCUAUAUCUUGGCUACUAGUAACGGAACUAUUUGCGCUUGAACAGAGAGGUUUGGGUGCAGCUCUUGCUACAGCUUUCAGCUACUUAUGUGCUUUUAUAGGAGUUAAAACAUUCGUGGAUUUUCAAGAACUCUUCGGUCUUUAUGGUGCCUUUUGGCUGUACGCAUUUAUUUCUGUUUGUGGACUCUGCUUCGUAGUUUGUUGUGUUCCAGAGACCAAAGGUAGGGAUUUGACAGAAAUCGAUGCGUACAGAUGACCUCAAGCCAAUGGAUCAGCUCCAACAGUAGCUGUUAGCGUUGUUGAGAGAUAUUGCUGAACAUGUCACGAAACGCUUGAGAUUCAAUCAGAAUUACAAUCAUGAAAAUUCGUAGUGACUUGUUUUAGGGUCCAAUAGGAAGUUUUGAGACCGAUAUCAGAGUUAUUGUAUUCUUAAUCGAACAAGUAGUCGAUCCGAUAACACUAUUCUUCAUUUAAUGGUUUUUUAAAUCGUUUUCAAUCGAAAAUAGAAAAAAUAGUCAACAGUAAAAAACAUAAUCAAUAAAUUAUACUUAUCUACAUAUCUAUACAUUGAGGAAGAAAAUUAUUCAUCACUUUGAAGGUUAGUGAAAAUAUAAAAUCAAAGUUUUAUCAAUAGGGUUUAAUCUCGAAAAAGCCAUAUCAGCUAACGGAGUAGAAUUUAUUGUAUUAACCUCAAUUUACAAUCUUCUUCGACUCUAAUGAAAUAAUAUGCUCAAGGAGAGUAUCUUGUUAUUUAUUACUGAUAUAUUUCAGUAUAAUCAUUUAGGUUGUAAAAAUAAUCAAUGGAAUAGUUAUAUUGAAAAAAUUGCUUGUAUAACGUGCUUCGCAAAUCAAAUUUCAUACAUUAUGGAGCGACCUAACACACUCUCAAAGAUGAGAAUCUCUUUUUUCACAAUCAAUACGAGAAGAAACAAUAUCACCUAAAGGUUGAAUCUAGAGGUUAAAACCUCAACAUCCAUAACUUGGUUUUUCAUUUAAACUCAUUUCUUUGCUUUGGUUUUAUUUACUUUGUUGUUUCUAAUGGAUCUCAACCUUUUUUCAUUGAGUAGGUAGCCGAGAAACUAUCCACUUACACUCCAGCUAACAAUAUUACAUUUGAUUCAAUUCUGUGCCUUUUUUUAUUUAUUUUUUGUCGUUAUUUAUUGACUAGUUAAAUUUUUCUGUCUAUCAGCGAUUAUUUUCAGUUGGUUUCAUGCCAAUUAUUUUACCAGAUAUUUUUAUAUUUCUGCUUUCAAACCUUCUUCUGACACAACAGGUCUAGUUUAACCUUCUCACUGAACUUUUCAUUGAACUAUAUCCGAAUUUGUCCACCAUUGGUCUGCUACCUUGGUUGACUAGUGAAAAUGAAAAGAAAAUGCUAUAAUUGAUAGUUUCAAAAAUUAUAAUUUAUUGAAUCUUUCGAUAGAAUUGUUAUUCAUUUUUUUCUCGA